GCUGCAUUUCUGAUCCUGCCUGGAGUCUGGGGAGAAAAUGGAGGCUCAUUUCAUCAUAUUCAGCCAGCUCCUCCGCCUUCGCUGAGCCCCCCUCGGCUGUAUCUGCGAGGCUCGACAGUCGAGUAACGGACUUUCGCCGUUUGACUUGAUUCUCGCUCCAAUCUUGAGUUAUUCUUGCUGCUUCUAUCACAUGGCGCAGAUUGGCAGCAUCAUGGUUUGGCUCCGCGGUGCCCUCAUGACCAGCUGCAUUUCCUGGAAUAAGCUGGAACCUGAGCCUUGAAAGCCACACCAUGGAAUGCCUGUAGUACCCCCCAUAUCACCUUCACCCACCCCACCAGCAUCAGCAGGAAUCAGAAACACUGAGAGAGAGACAAACAAAUAAGGGACACACAGGACGACUCCCAGAUCUGUGCCUCCAAUCUGCUGCAGGAGACUCUUUAUCUAUUUAGGUCAGCCAACUUGAAAAGGAUCUUUUGGAGGGUGCAGGGGAGUAGGUGUCAGUUUGUGUGUGUGCGCGCGCAACUGUGUGUGGUCCCGUGUGCUUCCCUUUUAAAGUAGGUGCCUGUCCGUGGGCACUGAGGCCAUGAGGCCAAAGACUUUCCCAGCUGCCCCGUAUGUGGGCAACACGCGGCAGAGGCUUCAGGAGAUCAAGGAGGGCCUGAAGCAGCCGGCCAAGCUGGUGAGCCAGGCUCUGCACGGAGGCAGCUCCCGGACCGAUGGCGGCAGAGGGGCCGACUGCAAGAGCGGGAAAGACACGGCCAGCAGACAGCAGCAGCUUCGACCCCCGCAGAAGUUCAACAACUACCAGAAUGCACUGCGGGAAAUCCGCAAGUCACUCAUGCCCUUCGCCAAUGAGUCGGGUCCAUCCUCCGGGUCAGGGCACCCUGCAGGCGCUGGGGAGGUGAACCGGCAGAUGCUGCAGGAGCUGGUCAACGCUGGCUGUGACCAGGAGAUGGCAGUGCGGGCGCUGAAGCAGACAGGAAGCAGGAACAUCGAAGCGGCCUUAGAGUACAUCAGCAAAAUGGGCUACCUUGACCCUCGCAAUGAGCUCAUCGUCCGUGUCAUCAAGCAGACUUCACCAGGAAAAGCCGGCAUGCCAAACUCAAUGGACCACCGGCCUGCGUUAGAGGCUUCAGGUGAGGUAGGUGCCAUGCCUACAUACCAUCAGAUGGGGGCUCCUAUGUAUGAGGGGGCAGCAGGAUACAGCCCUGAGGGUGAGAUGCCCCGACCCUAUAUGAGCGCUCCGCCUGUUAUGAACUACAUGAUGCCCCCGUCUGGUGCAGCACCGGGCCCUGCCAUGGGAAACCCAAUGGGUCGACCUCCCAGUAUGGGCACCUAUCCACCAGUGAUGGCCACCCAGAGCAACCCUGCCAACACCAUGUACCCUCCAGGGGCCCAGCAGAAAGGUUACCCUGGGAGCAUGGAGCAGCACGGGCCCAUGAUGAGCUACAAUGUCCCUGGCCAGCCUCUGCAGCUCCAGCCACAACCACCAGGGGGCCCUGUCCCAGGUCCCCACUAUGACUACGGUCAUGCCAGGCCGCACAUGAUGGAGCCUGCAGGCUAUGGUGUCAAGAGGACCCCCUCCUUCCAGAACAAGAUGGCGCCACCCCCCAUGGCACCACCUGACAACUACGUCAACAUGCAGGGGAAAGGGGCCAUGGGUCAGAACGGGCCAGGAGGAGGAGGGGGAGGCUACCCUGCUAACUUGUACCUUCCUCCUCACUCCCACCCCCGACAAGCCAGCCCCACCUCGCACCAGGUCCACAUGAUGUCCCGUUCGCCAGGUGGGGUGGCAGGCAUGGGCCCCGACUUCUCAGAUCUGCCGCAGGGCUUGAUGACACCAUCUAGGGCCAGCCUCAACCUGGACCUGUAUGAGCACCACUGGGCGGGGCCUCCAGGCCCUGAAGGGGCCCCUCCAACCAGGCAACCCCAGCCCCAGGGCCCAUUCAGAGGGGAGGUGCGUGUCCCCAGCAGAACCAACUCCUUCAACAGUCGCUCUGCAGGGCCCAAUGGUGUCCGGCCUGCGAUGGCUCCGCCCCCUACAGGUGGAAAACAGGAGCCCUCCUUGGGCCCCCCGAACACCAUCACGGCUGUAACAUCCCCACCCAUUCAACAGCCAGUUAAAAGUAUCCGUGUGAUGAGGCCAGAGCCCAAGACAGCUGUAGGACCGUGUCACCCUGGCUGGAUGACUGCUCAGGCCCAGGAUGCAGGAGAGCCUCUGGUCUACGUGCCAGAGGAGACUUACCCCCUCGAGCCUGCUCAGGAGCCACGCUGCCCGCCUCCGCCUUAUCCCAAAAACCUGCUCAUGUCUGGGGCAGCUGGCGAGCCAGGGGCCCUGGAAGGAGCCGGAGUCAUGUGUGGAGCUCAGGAGCUCAGCAACCCUACGGCCAGGAGCACACACAGUGGCAGCGGAGGGAGUGGAAAGGGAGAGGAGAGCCAGCAGGUGAAAGAGAAGACGAAGACGGGGAAGGGAGAAAAAACGGUGAAGGACAAGAAGCAGAUCCAGACGUCACCUGUUCCGGUGAGGAAGAAUGGACGCGACGAGGAGAAGAGGGAGUCGCGCAUCAAGACUUACUCACCCUUUGCCUUCAAGUUCUACAUGGAGCAGCACAUAGAGAAUGUGAUGAAGACCUACCAGCAGAAACUCAACCGCAGGCUUCAGCUGGAACAAGAGAUGUCCAAGGCCGGUCUGUCGGAGGCAGAGCAGGAGCAGAUGAGGAAGAUGCUGAACCAGAAAGAGUCCAACUACAACAGGCUACGCCGCGCUAAAAUGGACAAGUCCAUGUUUGUCAAAAUCAAGACGUUGGGCAUAGGUGCCUUUGGUGAAGUGUGUCUUACGCGUAAAGUGGACACCGGUGCACUUUACGCCAUGAAAACACUUCGCAAGAAAGAUGUCCUCAACCGCAACCAGGUGGCUCACGUGAAAGCGGAGCGUGACAUCCUGGCAGAGGCAGACAACGAGUGGGUGGUGCGUCUUUACUACUCUUUUCAGGACCGCGACAGCCUCUACUUCGUCAUGGACUACAUCCCCGGAGGAGACAUGAUGAGCCUGCUCAUCCGAAUGGGCGUCUUCCCCGAAACUCUGGCACGCUUCUACGUGGCGGAGUUGACGCUGGCCAUCGAGAGUGUCCACAAGAUGGGCUUCAUCCACCGCGACAUCAAGCCCGACAACAUCCUCAUUGACCUGGACGGACACAUCAAGCUGACAGAUUUUGGUCUGUGCACGGGCUUCCGCUGGACGCACAACUCCAAAUACUACCAGAAAGGAAGUCACAUCAGACAGGACAGCAUGGAGCCCAGUGACUUCUGGGAUGAUGUCUCCAACUGUCGCUGUGGCGAUCGGCUGAUGACACUGGAGCAGCGCGCCAACCGGCAGCACCAGCGCUGCCUGGCUCACUCCUUGGUGGGGACUCCUAACUACAUUGCACCUGAGGUGCUGCUGCGCAAAGGUUACACCCAGCUGUGUGACUGGUGGAGCGUGGGAGUAAUCCUGUUUGAGAUGCUGGUGGGACAGCCGCCCUUCCUGGCCCCCACACCCACCGAGACCCAGAUUAAGGUCAUUAACUGGGAGAGCACACUGCAGGUGCCUGCUCAGGUCAAACUGAGCCCCGAGGCUGUCGAUAUCAUUGGUCGCCUGUGCUGCUCUGCAGAGGAUCGGCUGGGCGCCAAUGGCGCCGGCGAGAUCAAGGCCCACCCUUUCUUCACCCAGAUAGACUUCUCCAGCAAUCUACGGCAGCAGCCGGCGCCCUACAGGCCCAAGAUCGCCCACCCAAUGGACACGUCCAACUUUGACCCCGUGGAGGAGGAGGGCGGCCCCGGGGCGUGGAGUGACAGCGGGGACAGCACCCGGGCUUUGGACACGCUCUGCUCCCCGCAUGGGAAGCACCCAGAGCACGCCUUCUACGAGUUCACCUUCCGCAGGUUCUUCGACGACAACGGCUGCCCCUUCCGCUACCCUAAACCGCUCGAGGCCUCCGAGGGGCCGCCAAGCAUCACUGGAGCCAGUGACAUGGGCCCAGAGGAGGAGGAGGAACAAGAGGAGGAGGAGGAGGAGGAAGAGGAAGAUGAGGAGGAGGAGGGAGAGCAGGGGGAGGGAUGUGAGCCGGUGUAUGUCUAGAUCUGCUGACUGACACUUUUCCCGAGCAGCAUGUGCUUUUUUUUUGCCGAUUAACGUUCGUCAUUCAGCUCAUGACCCUCCCACCUACCAUUGCUCUUCAUCUGUGUGUAUGUGUCCGUGUGUGUUUAUGCAAAUCCGGCAUGUGUGACUGUUAAGUUGCAGGAGUAGGAUUGACAAACGUCGCCACCUUGUGGAAUCUAUAGUGCGUCCACUAUGACUCCAAAUACAGAACUCCCCUGAUCCGGGACCAAGAAACAACAUUCUGUAUAUGACUGACUGCACCAAGGGUGAAGAGUAUGCGGUUAGCAGAGCAAGACUCAGAAACUGUUCAGGCUGAAGGGAGAUAGUUAAUAUGCUUGGGAAUGUAAGAAUGUUAGAAUGAAUCUAAUAGUUCUAGUUCGAGGACUGCUCCUGGUUCUUCCAGGGGUUUCUUGUCCCAUUCCUUCCACCCUUGGUCUUACGGACGACUGAAACACCUUGAUGGUGAUUGUCUGACACAGGAACUACUUUCUUCCUGAGCUGCUUUACACUCAAAUAUUGGACACGGCAAUGUGAAGAGUGGAACCAGUUUACUCGUUGAUCACGCAGGGGUGGGGAUGGUGUGGGGUGGGGUGGGUUUUGCGGGGAUGGGUUGUGGGUGGGGAACUAGCAACACGCCUCUUUCACAGCUGCUGCAAAAUAAGCUACAAAGACACAUGCAUGCACAUGGGUGAAGAAGGCGUGAGUCCCUGCAGGGAGAUCUCAGUUGUCUCAGAGUAGAUGGAUGAACAAAUUCUCCCAGGUUUCUCUGUCACAUUCACACAGAGAAAAUGCGUCCCUUUUAGCAGCAUCCAGUUUUCAAAAUUUAUAUAUUUCUGUGUCUUCAGUUUACAUCUCUAUAUUUGUAACAGAUCAAAUUUUAAAAAAUUUGUAACAAGUAGUUCAGAUUCCUUCGCUUGUCGGCACAAGAAAUCAUUUCUCAUGCUUUGUUUUUAGAUAAAGAACUGAUGAAUAAAAUGACACGAAAAUUAAGAGACCUGGACAGGCCUCAGCCCGUCGCCUCAGGUGCGGCUGAGUUAUUUUCAGACUGAGAAUCAAAAGGUCUAACAAACACACAUACACACAAAUACUCACAUUCGCCAAGAUGCACAAUUUUACAGCUGUUUUGCAAAGAUCAGUCCCACAGUUAUAUUUUAACUUAACCAGCCUCGUCUGUCCUCUGGAGGCAGCCACAAAAACACAAAGCAGCAUGUUCUUACAACAGCCAAACAUGUGAUAGUAUGACUAUGUGCAAUACAAAAAAAAUACAUUAUAUAUAGUUUUCUAAACACUUAAUAUCCUUUGGAACGUGUAGUACUGAAAUGUACAAAUAUAUUGUUUUUUUUUUCUUUAUCAGUUACAUCAUGCUGCUUAUUAUUGUGGUUAAUAUUAUUUACAUUAUUAUUAUAAUUGUUAUUACAUGUACCUGUUUUCUUUUGUUGUGGCUUAAAGAAGUGUUUGCUUAUUUGCCAAGUGUGCUUGGGUUUUGAAAGUAACGCGCUACGUGCCUUUCUAAUUGAAUGUUGGAGUGUGCGUUGCCGCUCGACAACGACGAAGAUGAUGAUGAUGAUGAUCAGUGUUUGCAGAACAUUGUUGGCAGACUCUUCACUUCCUGCAGCCGGGCGGGUCCUGAAUGCAGGCGGAGAGGUUUCUGAUUUAGAAAGAGAUGGAACAGAGUAGAUAAAAGUUAGAGGAAGAGGAGGAGUGAGGCAGGUGGGGCUUCAGGAAAUGUAAUUGGAAAACAAGAAUGAAUAGCUUUCUCUAUUUUACAAAUGAACGGUUAAACUUCAACAAAGAGCUAGUGUUUGGUACAUUUUCUUUAUUUAUCCAAAAUGACCACAAGUUCCACAGACCUGUGCCUUUGUUCUGUAGUGGAGCCCUGUUGCCCAGCAGAUGACACUGUCCUCCAGUACCUUCAUGCUUAUUGACAAUCAGUAAACAGUAACUGCUAUCUUUGAACUGAGCUGUUAAUUAAUACUCAACUGUCCCAACAGUAUUGUGAAUGACUGGGAAUGCUAAAGAAGUCAGAACUUAACAGUGAUUCUCUGAUGCAUAACUGGCAGAAUGAUGAAAAAUGUGUGGAUAAGAUCUGUUACAGAAGAUUCUGUUAUCAAUAUUAUUAUUAUUAUUAUUAUUAUUAUUAUUAUUAUUAUUAUCAUUUUGCUUGACAAUGUAUUGAAAGUUUGUUUUUUUUCUGUAAACGUGCCUUGUGUUCUAUGGUGAGCAGCACAAUCUUAAAAGAUUACCUUGUCAUUAUCAUCUCUUUUUCACAGACCUCUUUUACCUGUCGUUACUCUUGAUGUGGGGAAACUGACAGAGCACGCUCUGUGUCACAUCCACACUGGCUUUGUUUACAUGCACCAACGUUUUUGUGGCUUCUUCCCUUUAAAGUUACAUGCAAACAGCACUAAGAUGGCUUUUUCCAGUGUAUUUACAGUUGCAAUGUACUGUUUUAGGAAAGGGAAACAGGGUUUUCACGGCUGUAUGAUGUUGCAGCUGCUGGUUUUAUUUGGAGUGGAAUGUUCAAAAUAUAAAUCUCAUAUCACAGACUGACAGAUUUGUUGCAUGAAUACACAAAAAACUAAUGUAAUCAUGAUGGUAAAGAACUUUUUUUUUUUUUUGCUGUUUGUCAUGACUGUGUUUGACUGAAGGCAGUAUCCUGCAUGUAAACACAGCCAGUGUCGCCUGUGAGCUGCCUAGAUGAACCACAGUCUUUGGUUGCAUUAUGGAUGACGUGCCUUGCUCAAGGGCACCAUCAUUGAGACUGAUAAAGCAGACAGGCGCUGCUCUUUCACUCUUCCCCAUCCAGUUUUUCUGUCAGCCGGUCCAGACGUCUGAUCAGACGUGCUUCCAUUUCUAUGAACCUCUCGUUGACUGCGUUGCCAAUCCACAUCGACCAGGACAAAAAAAAAAAAAAAAAAAAAGCUUUAUAAGGAGAGCUGCGGCUCUCUGCAGAGUGUGUGAAUGCCACAGAGUGUGUGAGGUGUUUCCUGGAUGUGUUUUUGUUUUCUGUUUCUAAGGUUAGAGAGUGAUGACUGACAAUCUUUGGCUGACUUGAUCUGAUUUCUUCACGAGACUUACUUGUGUAUCCUCUUCAUUUUGUAUUUUUACUCUAAGGAGCCUCUGCUCGUCUUCAAUGCUUCUUCAUGUAUGAUACAAUUCUGUUACCCUUGAAUUUAUAUUUAUACAGAUAUACAUAUUUUUUUGUAUCUUUCGCCCUUUUAUUUUCAAUUUCCCUUGUGCUAAUGUUCAGACAUCCAUGUCUACACAGUAUUAUAGAUGAUGUAAUGUGGACACCUAUCUCUUUUUUUUACAUUUAUGUAUGAACUGAGAAUUUGUAAAAAUGCUUUCACAGUCCUUGUGUGUAAAAUGUAUGUAUAAAUUAAAUUAACCAACUUGGA